AACUUGGGGCCGGGGAGCGGCGGCGGCGGCCCCAGACCUGGCUCGGCUCCCCGCCCGGCGCCCCCAGCCCGGCCAUGCCGUCCUACACCGUGACCGUGGCCACUGGCAGCCAGUGGUUCGCCGGCACCGACGACUACAUCUACCUGACGCUGGUGGGCUCGGUGCGCUGCAGCGAGAAGCACCUGCUGGACAAGCCCUUCUACAACGACUUCGAGAGAGGGGCGGUAGAUUCUUAUGACGUGACUGUGGAUGAAGAACUUGGAGAGAUCCUUCUGAUCAAGAUUGAAAAACGAAAAUAUUGGAUCCACGAUGACUGGUAUCUUAAGUAUAUCACUUUGAAGACUCCCUAUGGAGAAUACAUUGAGUUUCCCUGCUACCGCUGGUUCACUGGGGAGGGUGAAAUUGUCCUCCGAGAUGGGAGAGCAAAGUUGGCUCGAGAUGACCAAAUUCACAUCCUCAAGCAGCACAGACGCAAAGAACUGGAAACACGGCAGAAACUCUAUCGGUGGAUGGAGUGGAACCCUGGAUUCCCCUUAAGCAUCGAUGCCAAAUAUCACAGUGAUUUACCACGAGACAUUCAGUUUGAUAGUGAGAAAGGAGUGGACUUUGUUCUAAACUACUCCAAAGCGAUGGAGAAUCUCUUUGUGAAUCGCUUCAUGCACAUGUUCCAGUCUUCCUGGAGCGACUUCGCAGACUUCGAGAAGAUCUUUGUCAAGAUCAGUAACACCAUUUCGGAAUAUGUCAUGAAGCACUGGCAGGAGGAUUUCAUGUUUGGCUACCAGUUCCUGAACGGCUGCAACCCCGUGAUGAUCCGCAGAUGCACCAAGAUCCCAGAAAAGUUCCCGGUGACCACAGAGAUGGUGGAGUGCAGCUUGGAGCGGCAGCUGACCUUGGAGCAGGAGAUCCAGCAAGGGAACAUCUUCAUAGUGGACUAUGAAAUUCUGGAUGGCAUAGACGCCAACAAAACUGACCCAUGCACCCCGCAGUACCUGGCAGCCCCCAUCUGUCUGCUGUACAAGAAUUUAGAGAACAAGAUCGUCCCCAUUGCCAUCCAGAUUAAUCAAGUUCCAGGAAAUGAAAAUCCCAUUUUCCUCCCUUCUGAUGCAAAGUAUGACUGGCUUCUGGCCAAAAUCUGGGUUCGCUCUUCUGACUUCCACGUCCACCAGACCAUCACUCAUCUCCUACGGACACAUCUCAUGUCUGAAGUGUUUGGCAUUGCCAUGUUCCGGCAGCUCCCAGCCGUACACCCCAUUUUUAAGCUCCUGGUGGCUCACGUGCGCUUCACCAUCGCCAUCAACACAAAGGCCAGAGAACAGCUCAUCUGUGAGUGUGGUCUCUUUGAUAAGGCCAACGCCACUGGGGGUGGAGGCCAUGUGCAGAUGGUGCAGCGAGCCAUGAAGGAGCUGACUUACCAGUCCCUCCUCUUCCCCGAGUCCAUCAAGGCCAAAGGCAUGGACAGCAAAGAAGACAUUCCCUAUUACUUCUACCGUGACGACGGCCUCGAGGUCUGGAAAGCCAUUCAGAGUUUCACAGCGGACAUAGUGGACAUCUACUAUGAGAGCGACCAGGUGGUGAAGGAGGACACGGAGCUCCAGGACUUUGUGAAUGACGUUUAUGUCUAUGGGAUGAGGGGCAAGAAGACUUCAGGAUUCCCCAAGUCCAUCAAGAGCAAGGAAAAGCUGGUGGAGUAUCUGACAGUGGUGAUCUUCACUGCUUCUGCUCAGCACGCGGCGGUGAAUUUUGGCCAGUAUGACUGGUGCUCCUGGAUCCCUAAUGCGCCACCAACCAUGCGGGCGCCUCCCCCGACAGAAAAGGGUGUAGUCACCAUCGAGCAGAUCGUGGAAACGCUGCCAGACCGAGGGCGCUCCUGCUGGCAUCUGGGCGCCGUCUGGGCCCUGAGCCAGUUCCAGGAAAACGAGCUGUUCCUGGGCACGUACCCCGAGGAACAUUUCAUCGAGAAGCCAGUCAAGGAGGCCAUGGUCAAGUUCCGUAAGAACCUUGAGGUCAUUGUCAGCGGGAUCACCGAACGGAACAAGAAUAAAAAGCUGCCUUAUUACUACCUGUCACCCGACCGGAUCCCCAACAGUGUGGCCAUAUGAGCCGGCCCCCAGCUCAGCGCUAAGGUCAGGAGGAAUGUUCUCUCACUGCCUCAGAGGGAAGGCCUUCAUCCCCUUUGGGGAUCAUAGGAGGCUUCUGUGGUGUGUGUCUACACCUAAGCAAGCCUUCUUUUAGCAAGAACCUCUCCAGACACAAUACUAGGCCAUGUAGCUUACGUUGUCACAUUUAGGAUGUCAAGCCACAGGAUGUAUGAUAAUAUAGCCGCCGUGCUGACAAGGGCCUUCUCUACAAAGGUCUUUGUGCUCCAGCAAAGUGUAAAAAUCGCUACCCUACCUCUCAAUUACUUCCAUUGCCACUGUCCAGCAGGGAAUUUGUACCAUCCCUGUCAUACCCGAGAUCCAAAUGAUCACAAAAUCAUUUCUAGCUUGCUCUGGAGAAUGGCAUUUUCUGGAACUGAAGAUACGUGCCUUUCUAAAAAUAGUACCAGAAAGUCCCUCUCACCUCAUCCUGGGUGUCACACAUUGGACUGCUGCCUCUUCCCUCAGUCCUGGCUUUGUUUCCCAGGCUUCUGGUAACUGAGCCCUUUUGAAUGAUGUCCAGGAUCAGUUGGCAGGAACCCACGGUGAGUCAUAUCAUGAGGAGUUCAGCCAUUUACCCAACAUGGCAAGUUUAAUUCAACCACCCGAUGACCCUCUAGUUUUGUUUAGAACGCCUGGCUGUGUGGCCUUCCCACUCCUCCCCCCUUGAGGACCCUGCAGGAAUGGAAACUAUAGCUUUGAGAAUGAGGAGCAGUAGCAGAGAGCUCUGGGCAGGUGGGUUUUAGAAUGCAGAGCGAUUCCUUACCAUUUUCUCCUUUCUUUUUCUUGUAAUUAAUAAAAUUAAAAGAUUUCGCA